CUAAUGGCGAUUUGAUUUAAUUUUUUUCCUGUUUACCCAACAAGCAUCUUCUCGGAAGAUCCACCCACCGGUAAAAUAUACAAUCGACGAAGCAAAAGAAAAGUCUUCACAACCUAGAUAUAUACAAGAAAAAAAACAUUCAAUGCAACUGAUAGAAUAGGGGAAAAUUCACAUAAAAAAAAAUUUUCAAUCCAAGAGAUUCAUCGUUUAUUCCGCCGGCGUUUAGUUUUCUCGGAUUCUCCGCUGGACACUUCCUAAUCUGGCUAAAAAUUACAAAGCUUUCUACUUUCCUACAUCUUGUAUAUGAUUAGGACAGUGAAACUAAACGGUCUUGUCUUAGCUUUAACGAAAUGAGUUUGGUCGGAAGAUUCGGGAGUUUGAUUUCUCAAGGCGUUUACUCCGUCGCCACACCGUUCCACCCCUUCGGUGGCGCCAUUGACGUCAUCGUCGUCCAACAAGAAGACGGCUCGUUCCGCAGCACUCCUUGGUACGUCAGGUUCGGUAAGUUCCAAGGCGUUCUCAAAGGAGCGGAGAAGUUUGUGAAGAUCUCCGUGAAUGGCACCGAAGCUGAUUUCCACAUGUAUCUCGACAACUCCGGCGAAGCGUAUUUCAUCAGAGAGGUUGAUCCUACAGCAGCUAAUGACAACACAGAGAACAACAAUGGUAAUGAGAACAACGGUUUACGCCUUGAGCAUAGUUUAUCUGACGCUGGUGCUGAGAGAGAGGGUUUCAACUCUUUGAGUCGGCUUGAUAGGACGGAGUCUGAUUGUAACAGGAGGUAUUAUGAUUUCCAGGAUGAUGAUGAUGAUGAUGAUCCGCCUUCUCCUACCUCUGAGUAUGGGGAGGGUCAAGGAUCGGACUCUGAAGUGGUUUUAGUGAGUGUUGAUGGGCGUAUACUAACGGCUCCUGUCUCGGCGGCGGAGCAGGAGGCUGAGAAUCUACGGUUGAAUACUCCUCAGUUUCAUUUGGCUCCUGGCGAUGGGACUGAGUUUUGUGAAGGUAAUACUGAGUUUGCUUCCUCUGAGACUUCUUGGGAUGCUGAGUUUAUCAGCAAAGUAGAGUCAUCUGAGAAAGUAGAUUCCCGUUCUCGUGAUAUUACCGUUAAAGAUUCUCAUUAUACCGAACUGUCACAACCUGUCGAUAAUGCGAAGUCUGAGGAGCCAGCUUCUACUUUUGAGGCUCAGAAUCUAAAAGAAGGUGAGCUUCUACUUACUACCAUCACAGAAGAUGUUAGAGGUGAAGAUGAAGUGGCUCUUGUUGAUGGUUCUGAAUCUUCUACAACCCAACUAACAACAGAAGAAGUGAGAAUAACCGAGGAAUCAAGGAUAUCUAUUGAUGCUAAUACGGAGUCAGAAUGUGAAGAUGACCACACAAAAACUUCUGCAGAAACUUCCAUCUUAAUAGAGUCAGAAGCAUCUGAGAGAGUCUCUAUAGAUUCAACGAGGGAGGAAGAUGAGCAACUAACUCCAUCUAAACCAACUGAGGAGGAUAACGAGAACAGGAACACUAUGGAUUCAGUGGCUGCAACUUCUAGUGUGGACAUAGAACUGAAGUAUGAGCUAUCACUUUGCAAGGACGAGCUUCGUCAAGGCAUGGGACUCACCGCAGCUGCUGAAGUCUUUAACACGCAUCUAAUCUCCAUAGAAGAAUACAAAAACUCAGCAACAUCGAUCCUCGAAAGCGAAAAUCUAGUCGUUAGGAUUAAAGAAACAUACAUGCCGUGGAAGAAAGCUGCUCGAAUCAUACUUGGAAAGGUUGUGUUUGAUCUAGACUUAGAUAUUCAUCCAGACGAUGUGAUCUCCGUGGAGGAAAACGAAUCCACCAAACCAAAGGAUGAUGAAGAAACUGCAGUAACAACUCCUUCUUCAUCUGGAAGAAGGUGGAGACUCUGGCCUAUUCCUUUUAGAAGGGUGAAAACGAUAGAGCAUACGAGUAGCAACUCCUCGAGCGAGGAAGAUCUGUUUGUUGAUUCUGAGCCUGGCUUGCAGAACUCGCCGGAGGUGCUGUCAGCCGCAGAGAGCCGCCAUGAGUCUCCGCGUAGGCAGCUUGUGAGAACCAAUGUCCCUACUAAUGAGCAGAUCGCGUCUCUGAAUCUUAAAGAUGGUCAGAAUAUGAUCACUUUUAGUUUCUCCACGAGAGUUCUUGGAACACAACAGGUUGAUGCACAUAUUUACCGGUGGAGAUGGGACACUAAGAUUGUAAUUUCAGAUGUUGAUGGAACUAUAACUAAAUCUGAUGUGCUAGGUCAGUUCAUGCCAUUGGUUGGAAAGGACUGGACACAAUCUGGUGUGGCCAAGCUUUUUUCAGCCAUUAAGGAGAAUGGGUACCAGCUGCUGUUUCUGAGCGCUCGUGCCAUUGUUCAGGCAUAUCUAACAAGAAGUUUCUUAAAUAAUCUAAAGCAGGACGGAAAAGCUUUACCAAACGGUCCUGUAGUCAUUUCACCAGACGGGCUGUUUCCAGCAUUGUACCGUGAAGUGAUAAGAAGAGCACCUCACGAAUUCAAGAUCGCAUGUUUGGAGGAUAUCAGGAAACUCUUCCCAAAGGAUUACAACCCGUUCUACGCUGGAUUUGGGAACAGAGACACCGAUGAGCUGAGUUACAAGAAACUCGGAAUCCCCAAGGGAAAGAUAUUCAUUAUCAAUCCAAAGGGAGAAGUAGCAACAGGACAUCGCAUAGAUGUUAAGAAGUCUUACACAUCACUUCAUACCCUUGUCAACGACAUGUUUCCUCCAACUUCGCUCGUUGAGCAGGAAGAUUAUAACCCAUGGAACUUCUGGAAACUGCCGGUAGAAGAGGUUGACUGAAGAAAACAGUUAGAAAUGAGCUGCGGAUGGGUCCAACAUGGAUGCUAUUGGGAACUCCAUGAUCAGACUUUUGUAAGCCUUUUCUGUGAUUUUAUAUACAAGAAAGAGCUGGAACUUGCGUCUACUUUGUAACGUCUCAUGUAGGAGUUUGAUACAGUAGGGAAAGAAUUAUAUAAGAUGUGACAAUGUUAUGUAUAAGACAAGGGAUACAUACGCUGAACCGAAAUGAAUUCAAUAAUUUUCUUCUACAAGUAAA